AACUGGCUUUCAGCUGUGGCUUGAGGAUAAUAGAAAGAGCAUUCUCGCUGACAAUCCUGACUUUGAAGAAAUGGAUGUUAUCAAGCAAGGCAUGGGGCGUUUCCGCACUCUUUCAGCAGAGGAAAGACUGAACUGGACAGAGAGAGCAAAGGGCGACUCUGACCCCAAGAAACGAAAGCGUGAAGAUGAAGGACAAGUAAAUGACCAAAUGGAGUCGGAUGAGGGCAGCGCCAAAAAGAAAAAGCCACUGGAUACUUCGGCUAAACUUUCUGCGUUUGCAUUUAACAAAGAAUAGUACUUGACAUAAAUUAGUUUCAUGCUUAUGUAAUUUUUACAUUUUAUUUGAAUAUUGAUUGGGGGAAACAUUUUUUAAGUUUUCUCUUUUUCCAUUAUUUACUGUAAUUCUCUGACCUCUCCUUCUGGCUGCUCAUUUGUGAUCCACUCAUUCUCCAUAAAUUUUCUCAAGUUUGAGCUCUUUUGAAAGCCCUGCUUCUCUUCAUUAGCAUUCGAAAUGAAUGCAAGUCUCUUUAAGCAAUUUGCAAUGUGGCAAGAUGGUUAAUAAAAAGGUCUCUUAUUAUGCUUUGGAUGGUUUGCACAUAUUUUUUGUGUGGUUUUGUACUGUAUGUAA